AUGGACCGCCUCUCAAACCUCCCUAAUCACAUCCUCUCAGACAUACUCUCCUUCGUGCCCUUCAAAGAAGCGGCAAAAACCUCCACCUUGUCCAAGCAUUGGCACCACCAAUGGCAGUCAACCCGAAACCUCGACUUCAACCACCUUUACUUCGCCAACCGUGAUUCUAACGGAGAUGUCCAACUCCAACCACAAAUCUUCAUCGAUUUCGUCCAACAAUUUGUUGCAAACAACAAAAGUCCCAUCAUAGACAAAAUGUCCCUCACAUUUUCUCAGCCGGGAGACUUCCAAGAAAUGGUGGAAAAAUGCAUCACAUUUUCUGUCGACCGCAAAGUCAAACACCUGAAGCUUGAUUUCUCCGACCCCACAUGGGAUGAAAACGACCUUGAUGGCCUGGCACAUCCAAUGUUCGAUUUGCCUCAGUCCUUUUACAACCAUCAAGUUCUUGAAUCUGUGACUCUCUUUUCUUGCAAAUUUGACGUUUUCGGAUUCAAGAAUUUCGGGUUGCUGAAGAGCAUUUCGUUGGGUUGGAUCGAACUCAAAGUUUCUACUGUCAAGGCUUUGCUGGCCAACUGUGCGUGUCUCGAGAGUUUGAGCGUGAAGAGUUGCUGGGACAUGGACAGCCUUUCUGUUUGUGGGAAGGACUUGAAGUUGUCAAGUUUGCUUGUUGAAAAGUGCCAUUUUCUGGAUCCGUCCUUUGAAAUCGGGGCUCCAAAUCUCAAAUAUAUGAAGUAUUGUGGCACUGUGGUUUUAUUUACUGUGAAUGGAACUAGCUUGGAGGAGGCAGACCUUGAUUUUGGACCUGAGUUUGAAUGUGACGAAUCGUUGGGAGAUUCUCUCUAUCAAUCACUCAAUGGAAUUUGCCCUACGAGGGCUUUGACCGUUUGCACUUACAUGCUUCAGGUUAUUCCCAUGGGAGAGGAACCAACUGGUAUGGAACCAAGGUUGAAUGUUACACACUUGACCUUAAGAACUGCCAUGCACAACUAUGAACAAGGUGGCAUCCGGUUUUUCUUGAAUAGUUGUCCUCGCUUGGAGACUCUUACAAUCGACAUAGACCGAUCACGCAGAAUAUGCAAUGAAUAUAGACCCCCAUUCGAGGAUAAGUUUGAGGAUUUGUGGAGGAGCAGUGCGAUAAUUUUCCGGUGCAUAACUCAAACUUUGAGGAAAGUUGAGAUCAAGGGCUUCAAGGGGACGCCAAAUGAAGUCUAUAUAAUGCUUUAUCUUGUCAACCAUGCUCGUGUGAUGGAGAAGCUCACUGUGAUCACCUCAAGUGAAGAAAGCAAUAACCGCGGCCCAGAAACUUUUCGAAGUAUAGCUGAACAAGUGUACGGUUUUAGAAAAGCAUCGGAGAAUCUGGCCAUAGAAAUUGUUUAA